CGCCCGAAGGGCCGAUCAGUCGGCUACUUAAGGGACGCCCUUCGGUUCGGGGCGCCAGGCGUCCUGUGAAGCAGCAGAACGAGAGAUCAUCCCCCCCCCCUCCUCCCUCUCCUUCCUCCUUUGAUGAGCCCCUCCCCCUUGCCUCCCGUUGUCUGAGAGCCCCUUCCCCCCCCAUCGCUACAAUGACCCAGGCCACCAUGUCGGCCUCCGAUGUCCAGAUUGAACCCCACUAUGCCAUGCUCGAUGCCGACACUUCCUUCACCCAUGGCGCCGGGCAGCCCCUCACCACCAACCCCCACAUCCUGGGAUACGUGCAGGAGCAGGUGGCUCUGACCCGGCCGGCCAGCGUCUACUGGCUGGACGGCACGCGCGUCGAGCGGGAUGCCCUCACCCAGCGGGCCGUGUCCGAUGGGGUCCUCAUCCCCCUGAAUCAGACCCUGCGCCCCGGGUGCUACCUACACCGGAGCAACCCCAAUGAUGUGGCCCGGUCCGAGCACCUGACCUUCAUCUGCUCGGAGGACCCGCGCGACUGCGGCCCCACCAGCCAGUGGCUGCACCCGAGCGAGGCCUACACCCGCAUGAAUGCCCUCUUCGAGGGAUCCAUGCAGGGCAAGACCAUGUAUGUCAUCCCGUAUGUGAUGGGCCCGCUGAACUCCCCCUUCAGCAUGGUCGGCCUGCAGGUGACCGACUCCAUCUAUGUGGCCCUCAACAUGCUGAUCAUGACCCGUGCCGGGAAGGUGGCCCUGGACCAGCUGGGCCCCACCUCGGAGGACUUCUGCCGCGGGCUGCAUGCCGUGGCCGAGUGCGACCCGGACCGGCGCUUUGUCAUGCACUUCCCCAAGGACAAUGUCAUCCUGUCCUACGGGUCCGGGUAUGGUGGCAAUGCCCUUCUCGGGAAGAAGUGCCUGGCUCUGCGCAUGGCCAGCCAUGCGGGCUGGCGCGAUGGCUGGAUGGCCGAGCAUAUGCUCAUCCUCGGGGCCGAGUCGCCGGAUGGCCGGGUGUCGCAUGUGGCCGCGGCCUUCCCCUCGGCCUGUGGCAAGACCAACUUCGCCAUGCUCCAGCCGCCGGCCUCCUUCGGCGGGUGGAAGAUCACCACCGUGGGCGAUGACAUUGCCUGGCUCCGGCCCAACCCGGCCGAUGGGCGCCUGUAUGCCGUCAACCCGGAGGCCGGGUACUUUGGCGUGGCCCCCGGUACUUCGGCCGCGUCCAACCCCCACGCCUUUGCCAUGGUGGCCUCGCACACCAUCUUCACCAAUGUGGCCAUGACCCCCGAGGGGGAUGUCUGGUGGGAGGGCAUGACCGAGCAGGCGCCCGACCAGCUGAUCGACUGGCUGGGCCAGCCGUGGAACCGGGCCACGGCCACCACCCCGGCCGCCCAUCCGAACAGCCGCUUCACCGUGUCCAUGUGGCGCAACCCGACGGCCAGCCCGAUGGCCGACUCGCCGACCGGCGUGCCGAUCGACGCCCUGGUGUUUGGUGGCCGGCGUGCGGACACCGUGCCGCUGGUGCUGCAGGCCUUCGACUGGUCCCACGGGGCCAUGCUCGGUGCCACCCUCGGGUCCGAGACCACGGCCGCCAGCACCGGGCAGACGGGCAUCCUCCGCCGCGACCCGAUGGCCAUGCGGCCCUUCCUCGGGUACCAUCUGGCCGCCUACUGGUCGCAUUGGCUGGCCAUGCGCGGCCGGCUGACCAACCCGCCGGCCGUGUUCCUGGUGAACUGGUUCCGCCGGGCGGCCCGCGAUCCGGCGGCCCCCGGCUACCUGGACGCCGCGCGCGCCGGGCGCUUCAUCUGGCCCGGCUUCGGGGACAACAUGCGUGUGCUGGAGUGGAUUGUGGCCCGCACUCGUGGGGAGACCGGCGCGGCCGAGUCCCUCGUCGGCUACGUGCCCCGGGCGGGGGAUAUCAAUCUCGCCGGUCUGCCCGGGGCCGCGGAUGCCGCGGAUGCCGAGCGCAUUCUCAAUGCCGCGUCGCACAUUUGCCUGGACGACUGGCUGGCCGAGACCCGGGCCAUGCGUGCCUAUUUCGAUGAGAUCGAUGCCCACCGCAGCUGCCCGGCCCUGGGCGAGACUGAGCCCCAGCCCGAGCUGCAUCUCGUGCCUGCCACCUUCCGGCUGACGGUCGACCUGCUGGAGAGCAAGAUCCAGGCAUGCCGCCCGGGUGCUGCUGACGGGCCUGCCGCCGCCACGCCCGGCCCGCGCCCGGUGCCAUCCGCCGUCAAGGCGGCCAAGCUGGCCGAUCUGGCCGCCACCUCCGGCGCCACCUCCCCCAAGGCCACCUCCUUCUUUUGAGCGAGAGAGCCAGCGAGAGACAGAGCGAGCGAGCGAAAGCCCAGCAAAUCAGCGAGCAAGGGGAUGCCACUGACUGAGCCACACACCCGGUGCUCUUUCCUCACCUGCCCUUCCCUUUGCCACCCUGGUGUGCAUGCCCUGCUUCUCCCGUGUGAUGUGCCCCUGCCUCGGCUUUCCUGGCGAAGGGGCAGGCCGCCGGUCCUGGGCGAGGACAUCUGGGGCGCGAUUGCCUUUUUCUCUUCCUCCAAGCAGCCCCAUCUCUCCUCCGCGCCCCUUCUUUCCCCCAUGUUGCGAUGCCGGCCUGGGAGUGUAUUUCCUCCGGCGCGCCGCCUUUCCCCUUUCCCCCCCUGUCCCGCCUCUCUCUCCUCUCCACCCCCCCCCCUCCCCGCAGUGGCGGCAGGGUGUGCGUGUCGCACGUGUCAUGCGUGUCACUUUUUCCCUGGCUGAGACCAAGAGAGGCAAUGUGAAGGCCUGAAAGGGGAAAAAGGAGGGCCGUAUGCCUCCUCCUCCUCCUCCUUCUCUUCCUCCUCUUCCCCCAAACAUGUACCAUAUUCCUCCCUCCCCCCCCCCUCCUCCUCGAAAUA